ACCUCUUCCAACGACAGUACGACUCGAACUAGGGUUUUCGCUUUGUCACUUACGCUCUGCAACUUGUUUAUAAAACCGCAUAACUUUCAAGCUCUGCUCUAAUUUCCCUCCAAAUUUUCCAUUCCCGUUUUCCACAUUCAAUAAAACAAGCUACUAUUUUCGUCUUUUAACUAUCUAAUUUCUCCUCUUUUCUCAACGAAAAAGAGUAAACAAAAAGCUUGUUCCCCUUUUCCACAAUAGUGCCCUUUGUUCUCUUAACAGACCAUACCAAUGGCUUCUCGUUUCCAGGCGGUAACAUUGGUGGACUCACCAUCGUAUCCUAACUCCAUCGCCUGGUCCGACGAGAACCUAAUUGCCGUGGCAUCCGGUCACUUGGUCACCAUUCUGAAUCCGGCAUUGCCCUUUGGACCUCGAGGCCUGAUCAGUAUAAACAGGAGUGAACCUUAUCCCAUUGGGGCGGUAAAAAGAGAAGAUCUAGCAUCUGGCUGUUUGUUACCCACCACUUUAAAUCAGGAUCCUCGUCCUUCUGUUCGAUCAGUUUCAUGGUCUAAUCUUGGAAUGGCUCCCAACUCUGGGUGCUUUCUGGCUGUUUGCACCACAGAAGGGCGUGUAAAGCUCUAUCGUCCUCCCUUUUGUGAUUUUUGUGCUGAAUGGAUAGAGGUUUUGGAUUUAACUGAUAGGCUUUAUGAUUAUCUUGCAAGUAUUAGUUUCGAGGAUCCUGAUAUUCCUCCCUCAGAAAUUUCUAAUGAGCCAGUGACAAAUCAUGGUUAUGUUGAUGAUCCUACAGAUUCUGUUUCUGUGAAGGAACAGAAACGCAGAAAGGUGAAUAACUUUGGUGUUAGGAAUGCUGGCUUGGAAACUUCUUGUGACCAAAUAUCACAUGGCCCCAGCCCUUCCCUUGAAUUGGAGGGGCAGGGUCCUCCCAAGGGAGGUGCACGAAAUCUGGCGGACGAAAAGUUCACAUCAGAUAGUUCCUGCUACCAGAGUUUGAUAACAGCAGAUCAAUAUGCUUCACGCAGUGCAAUGCUAUCAUCACUUGUUGUUGCCUGGUCUCCCUGCUAAUUAUCAUCUAGAAUUUGUGGGGCUCCUGAAAUUAAUUCAUCCAUCCGCUUCUCUCUGCUAGCGGUUGGUUCAAAAUCUGGUAAAAUUUCAUUCUGGAGAAUCAAUGUACCUGAGUACUACUCUAUUGAGCAAAGUUUGGCCCCUACCAGAGUGGAGCUCAUUGGGAUCCUUAAGGCACACAGUUCCUGGGUCACUGCAAUAAGUUGUGCCUUGCUUGCUUCUGAUUCUUCUACUCCUCAAGUUUUAUUAGCUACUGGAAGUUCUGACGGGAGUGUAAGGAUAUGGAUAGGACAUGGGGAGGAGUUUUUAAAGUCAACAGAAGUUAAUAAUGCUCCAUUUUAUCCAUUGAAGGAGAUUGUAAAUAUUUAUGCUGUCCCAGUCUCGGUGCUUUCUCUUAUGCCCACUCAGUCACUUCAUAAAAUGCUCUUAGCGGUGGGGAGAACAUCUGGAGCUAUUGAAGUAUGGAUAGGGGAUACAUCUGUGAAAACAUUUGAUAAAGCUGGACCAUAUGAUGCUCAUGACCAAGUUGUUACUGGUUUAGCUUGGGCUUUUGAUGGAUGUUUUUUGUACAGCUGCAGCCAGGAUAAUUUUGUUCGUAGCUGGAGUUUACGUGGAAGUUCCCUGAGUGAAAUGCCCAUUCCUUCAAGUUCUCCUGGGCUGAGGAGCGUCAGUGAUAUGCCGGAUGUGUUUAUUUCAUGCCUUGGUCUGGUGGUAUCACCAAGUAAUCUUGCAGUAGCCAUGGUUCGCAGUUUUGAUGUUAAUCAGUUGGACCACAUGUAUGAGGCGAGGCUUCAGAAGGCUGCCGUUGAAUUUUUCUGGAUUGGUGGGCACCAAAAGGAUAUUCUGUCAAACACUUCCCUGGAAUUUGACAUUGAACCCCUCCCUGGUUUUACAGAAAAAGAACUUGUUUAUUGGGAAUCCAAUAUUUUGUGGUCCUUAAAGCAAUAUGAACAUUGGGAUAAGCCUUUGGUUAUUUGGGAUAUUGUAGCAGCAUUAUUGGCCUUCAAGUGGUCUGCACCUGAUUAUGUUGACCAUGUUCUGGUUAAGUGGCUUUCAUCCUCAUAUGUGGAUGUUCAUGUGGAACGUUCUAUUGGAAAGGUUCUGCCACAUGUCUGUAAAAGUUGUAAAGCUGCUUCACGCCAGUUGCACCUCCUAAACAUCAUUUGCCGACAAGUAAUACUGCCGGAGUUGAAGGCAGAUGAAAUAAAUAGCAACUUGUUGAACUUUACAGUAGAUAAUCCCAAUUUUGCUCAAGAUAAGCAACAUAAGUUAUGGAUGGACUUACUUUCAAGAAGUGAAAAAGAACUGCGAGAGAGACUUGUGGGUUUUAGUUUUUCUGCUUAUAGAAGUUUCGCAUCCAACUCAGCCACCACUUCUUCUGAGCCUGGAUAUUGGUAUCCUUUUGGUAUGGCACAAAUGGAGCAGUGGGUUGCAAAUAAUAAUCAUCAAGUACACGACCAACUAAAAGUUGUGGCAACAGAGAUUAAAACCUGCAAAAGGUCUCGCUGCAUCGAACUUGCAGAAGAAGAUAAAGAGCAAUGUAGCUAUUGCUCAGCACCAGUUCCUUUUGAAUCCCCAGAAUUUGGGGUGUGCAGGGGAAUGGAGAGCAAUGGUAGCAGUGGGCAGAAGCAUAAGUUAGCAAGGUGUGCUGUUACAAUGCAGGUUUGCCCAAUCACACCUUUAUGGCUGUGCAAGUGUUGUCAAAGAUGGAUUUCCAAACUUGCACCGGAGUCACUAUUUAAGAUGCCCCAGCAACAUUGUCUAGAUUAUAAAUUUUCACCUGAGCCGUCUUCUAUAAAAGUAGCCUCCAAACCACAAUGUCUUUGCGGGAUAUUGCUACAGAGAUCACAACCCGAAUUUCUUCUUUCCCCACUACCUGUGUAAUCUUGAGUCUUCACCUGUAUAUUCGCUUAGAUCUCAUUUCACUUGAAUUUAUGCAAAAUAUAACUCUCUGAGCCUCAGUAAUAAUCUAAAUAAUUGAUAUCUGCUGUCGCUUGCUUGUUUUAACCGAAAAGAAAAUGAGUUUCUAUUUGAGUCUCAAAAAUGGAGAAGAAAUAGGAAAUAAUUGGGUUUGGACCGAGUAAGGGUUAACCCAAAUCCAGUUUCACAUUCAA